CAGCCUCCAAUUCCCGUUAUGUUCUCGGCGUGUAUCAUUGCCUGUUGGCCCGUUCUAUGUUGUGGUCGAACCCCUGCAGUUUGCAGCCGUCUGUGAUGACGCUGUUGCGCCGGUGCGCGGUCUGCCGGUGGGCUGCACUGGCAGCCGGGGUGUCCAGCCCGCAGGUUGGGAUGCGCUGUCUGUCCUGGCUCCGGUCCACCGUCCGGCGCGGUGUUCGGAGUCCCUGCCAGGGGCACGUGCUGGCCUGUUGCCAGCUAUGUUUCCAUCGCCAGGUGGAACCCGUCGGGGUGUUGCAUGAGACCCUACAGCGGAACACAUGACCACCGCUCCCGCCGGUGUGACCUGUGGGUCACUUUCAUUGGGAUGAUCCGUGAGCUUGACCCGGCUAUUCGCCGUGUCGCUCCCCUGGUCCUGCUCGGUAGGCCCCGUGCACUACCAAUGGGCCAGCGUUUGUUCCGUGAUUUCCUGGCCCAUACAAACGGGGUUAGCGCUAUCCGUCCCGGCUCUGUUACUUCGUCUGGCGAGGUGUUCGGAGUCUCUGCCUGGGGCACGUCACGGCAGGUUCUGCUCCACGGGAUUCGUUGCAUGCAUCGCCCUUAGCGCUCCCGGAUUUCGCUCCCUUGACCCGGCUCGGCGCACCGACGGGCUCAGUUAUUCCAUUAUGUCCCGGAAAGUAACGGGGAUCGGCAUAUGUAUGUUUUCGAAUAUAUUUGUACUGGCCAUGCUUCGCAUGUCGCAACAUUACGUGUUAACUACCCGAGCCGUGACAACGCUAUGACUUGGCUGUCCUCGCCCUGUUGUUCCAGGUCAUGCUAAUAGUAGUCGGCGUCAGUUUCGCGUAUUGGGCGGGCCGCCGAAGAGGGCUGCACGGGCGGGUCCGCACGGCGGGCUGGCGCGGGGCCCGUAUUGCCGACGACGGGUUUCGGCAGUGGGCAAUUGCGACCGUCCGGCAGCUCCGUCCCACGCAGGUCCUGCUGGUUGCUGGCGGCAACGACGUCGCCUCCAAUCCGUUUAGCCCUCGCGUGCUCGUGCAGCUCUUUCGGGAGCUGGCGCUCGGGAUCUUUGCCGCUGGCGCCCGUCAGUUACACCUGCUGCCGAUUCCGCCGCGAGCAGUCUGCCGGCGUGGGCCGGUCUCGGUGGCGGCGUUUCGUCGUCGGCGGCGGCUGAUGAACCUCCUCCUCCGGCGGCUAUGCGGGAAACACCGCGAGGACUUCCCAGUGACCCUCUGCCCUUCCAACCAGCGAUGGGCUUUGUGGGCGCCGAUGGGGUCCACCCUUCCGGGGAGGGCUGGGCAUGCCUCAUCGAUCUGAUAAAUGCGACCGCCGCCUCUACCCUCCUCAUCUGAGGGCGCCCCACUGACUGGUGUGUUCGGCAUAACACGUGUGCACUGUGAUGUCAAUACAGGACCGUCUAACCGUCGUGUGUUUCUCGUUUCAUGACUACCGAGCCAUGCCGAAGGCGCGCGCGCCGGUGCGCGGCCGCGCAGUGAGCCAGCCGGACGGCGCUGCGCGCGCCCGCCGCCAAUCCACGCGGCGCCAGUCCGGCGCGUCAGUCCCCGCCGGGCCCCGGCGGCGAGCAGCCGCGCCGCCCCGCGGCAGACAGCCGUCGGAGCCAGCCGCUACGCAGCGGCCCGCUGUCGCCGGGCAGGCGGUCGUGCUCGACGCCGCUCAGUUGCGGGCCGUCGUCGCAGACGUCGUGCGGGACGCGCUGCUGACCGUCGGCCCGACCGCUGCCUGUGGCUCUACCGGGCUCGCGGGCUGCCGCGACGCCGCCGGACCCUCAGCACAGCAGGAUACGCCGCCGACCACUACACGUUCGCCAUCGCCGCCGCCGGCGCUGCCGCCGCCAAUGGCACCGCCGCCGCCGCCUCUACCACCACCAUCGGCGACACCUCCGACCGGCUCUCCGCCACAUCUGCCAGGUACAAGCGCCGGGCUGGGGCUAGAGCUGUGUGAAGAUACCUCGGCGGUGGCGCCGGCAUUGCGGAGCAGGAUCCAGGCGGACAAAUUCGUCGAUCUAGCUCUACUACUCGAUUCCUAUGACCGGUCCGCUACCGAGCGUCCACCCUCCUUCCAGCUGGUCGACGGCACCUUGCGCGCCGCUCCUCGCGUGACACGCCCAAUUACCUCGUUCGGUGCGUGGAGCAUCGCAUUUACGCGGUUUGCCGGCAUCUACGCCGAGGCGCACCCAGACGCGGCGGUGGGCCUUCUCGCUUACAUGCGGCAGGUUGGCUCCCUGUCCGUGAGCGGUCUGGGCGUCGCAUGGCGCGACUUUGAUGAGACCUUUCGGCGGGCACGCGAAUCAGACCCCGCUCGUCACCCUUGGGGUGCCACCGCCGCUACGUCCCCCUUAUGGCUCAUGGCCAUAGCCAGGGGUGUUGGCGGCGUGGCCAGAGCCGCUCCGGUUCCGCAGCGACAAGCGGCCGCUGGAUCUCGAUUUCGGCCAUGCUUCGCAUACAAUGGCCAACAGGGCUGCUCGGCCCGCGUCUGUCGGUUCACUCACGCCUGCCGUACAUGCCGCGGCAGUCACCCGGCACAUCAGUGUGCCACUCGACCUGCCCGGCCGGUGCACAGACGCGCCGGCCCCGGCAGCGCCGCCGCCGGUGCAGCUGGCUCCCGCUAAACCAUCUUGUACAUCUGCCGUCGCCUUUUCGCCGAUGGUGCCGGCCGACACGCUCCACCAGCUUCUGUCCGGCUACAAUGAAGAGUUGCGCCACUAUCUAGUGUCGGGGUUUCGCUCUGGAUUUUCCACUGGCUCUGCCAUAACCGGGACAGGGGGGUCAACACACAACCUUCCUUCCUGUGAUCUCGCACCUCAAAUUAUUGACGAUUACGUAUCUUCGGAGCUGAAGGCCGGCCGCCUCGCCGGUCCGUUUGCCGCUGACGGGCCCUCCCCGGUUAAGCGUAUCUCACCCAUCGGUCUGGUGCCAAAAAAGUCGCCGGGCUCCUUCCGCGUGAUCCAUCACCUAUCUUUCCCGGCCGGUGAGUCUAUCAAUGACUACAUACCACGCGAGUUCACGGCCGUGCAAUACGGUUCCUUGGACGAGGCGGUGGAGUACAUCUCCCAUUUUGACCACGCAUUUUUGGCUAAAUCUGACAUCGUGCAAGCCUUCCGCCUACUGCCCACGACCGAACGUGAUUCUGCGCUACUCGGCUUCCGCUGGCGCGGGCUGAUCUACGCCGACCGUGCGCUGCCCAUGGGGUGUGCAAGCAGUGCUCAGAUUUUUCAGACUUUCAGCGACGCGCUGGUAUGGAUAGCGCAGCGCCACUUCGGCGCCGGCCACAUCGUCGCCGUGCUGGACGAUUUUCUUUUUAUCGGCGCGUCGAAGUCGGCAUGUGCGUCGUCCCUGCGGGGCUUCACGGCCAUGUGCCACCUCCUCAACGUCCCCCUCCAUCCCGACAAGACGGUGCUGCCCUGCCAGCGGCUCACAUUUUUAGGGGUGGAGCUGGACGUCGCAGAACGGGUUUUGCGCCUGCCCACCGAUAAAGUGGAGCGAGCAAGGGAUGCCGUGGCCGACCUCAGCCGGCGGCGGAAAGCACCCCUACGGCAAGUUCAGACCUGCAUUGGGCUGUUGAACUUUGCGUGCCUCGCAGUGCCGCUCGGCCGGCCGUUCCUUCGUCGUCUCUCCGAUCUCUGCGCCGGUGUCCGUCGGCCGCACCACCGCGUCUCCCUCACCAGGGCGUCGCGCCUCGACAUGUCAGCCUGGCUUCUAUUCCUGCAGCACUUCAACGGGCGUUCGCUGCUCGAUGAGCGGCGCUGGACGCAGGCGGCCGCGGUGUGUCUGGAGACCGACGCCUCUGCCGGGGUGGGUCUCGGGGCCAUCUGCGGCUCACGCUGGCUGCUCGGGACGUGGCCCGAAUGGCUUCAAGGCGCCGAUAUCGGAGUGCUAGAGCUCGUCGCCGUCGUCGUUGCUAUGCACGUGUGGGCAUCAGACUUGACCCGCCGCUGCGUCAUAGUCCGAUCGGACAACAGCGGCGUCGUCGCGGCCAUUAACUCGCAGUCCCAGUGCUCACCGCCGGGUCCCAGGGUUUUCGUGUGGCGGUUUAUGGUUAGCCAAGCGCCGCGUUCCGUUUUUUGUUUUGUGUUUCGUUGUUGGCCUCGUCCCCCGACACGGCGGGUGGCUUGCGUCCCCCGGCCGCGGGUGGCGUAGUCGCCACAUUUGCGUGCUUAUGUUCUACUGCCGCUGGUUCCUGUGUUAUGUUUAUUCACAUCGACCUGUUUCCUUGAGCGUCCUCCGACACGGCGGGUGGCCUCAGUCAUCCGGCCGCGGAGGAACGACAAGGGGCGUGGUCGCGCAAUAGUUGCGCGGUCGUCACUGUGUUCAUAUGUUAUCCAAGAGUCGCGCGUUUGCCCGCGCUUCCCCGACACAGCGGGUGCGCUGAGUUCGCCACCCGGCUGCGGGGGGCGUGGUCGCGCCACAUGCGUGAUGUAAACCGCGUUCCCGACACGGCGGAUAGUUCUUGUUCUCCGGCCGCGGGAGCGUGGUCGCACCGUAUUCCGUGCCAUUGUAUCUCAGCAUUUUCCUGCGUUGUCAAUGUGUGUGGCGCCUUUUAAUAC